AUGGUGGAGCAACCGCUGUCAUUGGAAGCGAGAAAACAGAAGGCCAGAAAUGCGAUUGUGCGACAGAUGGUGAUCGCUGGCAUACCUGGACUUUCCGUAGGUGUGAGUGUGAAUGGUCGAAUAGUAUGGCGUCAAGGCUUCGGAUUUGCUAAUCUAGAAAGUGGAAGUCGUUGCACAGAAGACACGGUUAUGCGAAUUGCCAGUAUCAGCAAACCGCUUACUGCAGCAAUCACUGCUAGGCUUGUGCAAGACGGAAAGCUAGAUUUAGACAAACCGAUACAGACUUACCUGCCUGAGUUUCCCAAUAAAAAAGUCGAUGGGAAGGCUGUGCAAAUAACUACACGUCAACUACUAUCGCAUACCGCAGGCAUACGGCAUUACAAGAAAAAGGAGGAAGAAAUCGAGGCUAACCAAAAGAAAGACCUCGAGGAACCUGCACCUGACUCAGAAGAUAAGGAAUUCCUUUCUAACGUUAAUUAUGCCACCGUCACAGAUGCAUUGACGAUGUUCAAAGACGACGAACUGCUAUCGGAGCCAGGCAGCAAAUUUAGGUAUACAACUCACGGAUUCACCCUCGUCAGUGCAGUCCUGGAGAAGGCUUCAGGAAAGGAAUUCAAAACACUAGUUGAAGACCUUGCAUUUGAAUUAGGAAUGAGGUACACUACUCUCGAUGUCAAUAGCAAAGUCAUCCCACAUCGGGCAAACUACUACAAGCGCAAUAAGAAGCACGUUCUAGAAAACUGCUCUGAAGUGAACAACUCGUACAAAUGGGCAGGUGGUGGUAUUCUUUCUAAUGUAACGGAUCUUCUCACUUUUGCAAACGCUAUUCUCUACAGCCAUCAAGCCGGCCCAACUUCUAAAAACGCUUUUCUGAAAAAGGAUGUGAUUCAGCAACUGUGGAAAGGGGAAAUAUCUGUGAACAAUAGGACGCUUGCGGGACUCGGCUGGAUGCGCAUACCUGGUGAUGAUUACAAAGGAGGCGACAAAGCAAGUUCUCUUGGCGGACUGUGGUACCAUACUGGUGGAGCUGUUGGCGCGUCAUCAGUACUACUUAUUCGUCCUACCUCGAAACCAUCUGAUCAAGAAAUUCCAGCUGGAGUAUGCGUAGUAAUGCUUUGCAACCUUCAGGACACUUCACUGCUCAAUUUAGCUAAGGAAAUAGAGGAGAUUUUCAGAGAUUAG